AUUUAUAUUUAUCUUUAUAUACAAAUAUAUAUCUUUUCUUUAUAAUAUAAUAUUACUCAAUGUCAAUUCAGGAUGAUAAUUGGGAGCUCGAUAUCAAUUUAGGUUCUGAUUCUACACACAAUAUCUUUAAACGGAAGGGUGUAUUUAAUCUAGAACCUGAUAAAGAGCUCAUGCUGGCUUGUGAAAGAUAUCAAUAUGCGAAUCAAAAUAUGUAUUUUGAAGAUGAUGAUACUAAUUCAAGUAUAGCUAGUGGAAGUGUUAUAUCGAGUAGAUUCUCAGAAGUAGAUGCGGCAUUAAAUAACCUAGACGAUUUUAUGUUUGAAGAACCACCGUUAACAAGAAUAGAGGAAGAAGAAGUUCAGAUAAAUCAAUCUAAUUUACCUGGAGUCGUCAAAAGAAUUGGUCUUCCAGCUCGUUAUCAAACUGCUCAAGAGAAUGAUGAUUGGAAUGAUGAUAUCGAGAUACCUUCAAAUGGAAUGUCGCUUUUAUCAACAAAGCUUCAAGAAAAGGAAUAUGACGAUUUACAGCUUUCAUCAUUAGAUGAUGACGAUAUAGGACCCUCUGUGAGUCAAAGAGCCAGUAGAGUCUCUUUACUCCCAGAUGAUAAUCCAUCCAUGCCGAUAUCAUCAUCAAAUAUGCUUCACUAUCAACAUGAGAGUGAGGAGGAUGACAUGUCAGGCCUCGAUUUCCCAGAGAACAUGAAUACUCUCUCCAAGAGGUUAGAUGAGAUAAAAGGUGGAGUUAUAUCUGAAACGAUGAUCACAACAAAGCCUACCUCUAACCUUCCAUCUCGCAUCCCUAUCUCUUCUUCUUUAAAGAAAUCAAGCAUUCUAUCAAAAUUUCAAAAGGAAGAUGAUAAUGAUAAUUUUUUUGAGGGUCUUCAUAUCAAGGACAAUGCCUUUACCACAACUUCAUCUAAACACUCUUAUUUACCUAAACAAUCGACUCAUCAACAGUCUCGUUUAACCCUUUCUUCUUCUUCUAAUAAUAAUAAUAAUAAUAAUAAAGGGAAAACUCCUGCUAGCUUUACUAGUCGAUUGGUUAGACCUUCACCUAUAAAUCAAAAUAGGAAAACAUAUUUGGAUCAAGACUUGAUGAAAAACAAUCAUUCACAACAGCAAUAUGUACCCUCAUCUAGACGUACCACUUCAUCUAAUGUUAAUGCUCAAUCACCCCUUCAUCAUGAACCUGAUAUUGUUACCUCUAAACGUACUGUCUAUCUACCUAGACAACAACAACAAAGACAAAACAUGGGAACAAAGAAUUCUCAUCUAACAGGAGUGAGCUCAUUCUUAUUAAGGUCACAAGAUAGCUCUCCUAGUGUUAAAAAGAGUGUCAAUGGUUAUACUCUCAUUGCACGUCCAAAAACAAAAACUACAACUUCAUACUGUUCUCGUCUAGAUAACAUUGAUAACUUAAAUGAUCUUCGUCCAACCAAUAGGAAACCACACGUAUCAUUCAAGGACCGUCUAAAGUAUGAGAGUACAGCAUCUGAUCCACAACGUCCCUGGCGUCAAAACAUGCAUGCAUCAACGACGAAAAGGCAAAGUGCUAUUAAGCUUAUUAAACCUAACGAACAAAAUUUAAAAAAAGAAUAUAAUGAUAUGAAAUAUGAUGAAUCUACACAUUGUUGGAAAGGAAACGAAGCAAGUUUAAUUAGCUUUCAAGAAAAGCCACCUAUUCAACGACAUUCACGAUUAAUGCUUAUGACUCAUAAACAGCAAAAGCCAAGCAAAUAUGCUGCAGUGAUGGGAAAUAAUAUGAUAUUUAACUCUGAAUCACAAAAAUGGGUAUCUGCCUUUGGUUCGGAUCAAGAAUGCAACGAAUUAGAUGAAAUUGAAGACCUUAAGGAGGAACUAUGCCAACAGCCUAAGCAGAGUCUAAGUAGUAAUCUGUAUCGGGUUAAUAAUACAUUGGAAUUUGAAUUAUCUGUAGAGAUAAAACGUCAAAUGGUAUUUGAACAGGAAAUGCACGAAAAUUGGAUUCAAAAUUGGCCCUUGAAUCCAUGUGAGCCUGAAGUCAUGAAUGAAACUGGAUAUAAUGUUGGAGCUUCCAAAUAUUUUUUAUAUAAUCAAGAUUUUAAAUACUGAGAUGCAAGUCUAAAAAAAGAAAAAGAAGAGGUAUUCUGCCUGUGUAUUUAAAUAAGGAUCCCAUCCUUUCUUUCUUUUAUGAAAUGAUCAAAGCAUACUUAUUAUAGAUAUACUAACAAUCAUUAAAUAAAUUCUUAUUAAUUUAAGUAAUAGCACCCUCCUGCAGCGUUUCGUUGCAAGUUUCAGAAAAAAAAAAGCAAUCUACAAAUAAUAGGUAUAUCUUGUAGAUAUUAUAUUUACAGUUUAUUUUGUCCUUUUCACCCUAUGUAUAUAUUAUAUGCAUAUAUAGUUUAUUCAUUCAUUAAGUCAAUACUAAAGAAUAAAAUCAUAAUAUUUACAAAAUAAAAAAAUAG